ACGUUUAUAUAAAAUUAAGUACAAUGUUUACAUUUAAUAAACUCUUUCCUUUUGCACCAAAACGAUUGCAAUUUUAUUGUGAAUAUGCUAACUUAUCGAAACUUAAGACACGAAAACAAAGAAAAGCGGCUUAUGGCGAAUUAUUUCCGCAAAAUAUGUUGAAUAAAAAACAUAACGUACCGACUCAUAUGUACCUUGCCAACGAAGAGACUGCCAAUCUAAUUGAUAAGCAACUGGAUCCUUUUUUCAAGCAGAGCCCCUGUGACACCAUUUUAGAAAUCAACCCAGGCGCUUGUUUUCUCACAAACAAAUUGCUGAAUCAUCGCCUACAAGAAAUGCAUUAUUUAUACCCGGAUAGAGUUAAGUUCAAACUGGGGGACUUUGUGAAUAUUAGGAAACUUGUACAUGUGGAUAAAAUUGAUAAUGGUUCCCGCGUAUCUGAAUUAUUGAGCGAUUUACCGAGGAAAGCGUAUCACGAUGAUGCAAACAUGAUUUUGUUCGGCGCUAUAGGAUGUUAUCAAUUUUUUAAACAUUUACUUAAUUCCAUAAUGUUUGGCAACAGUUUUCUUAGCUUAGGAAGAGCUGAAAUGUAUUUGAUUAUGCCGCCUCCCACAUAUUUGCACUUGACCUGCAGCAGAGAUAUAGGUUACCUAAUGUAUAGAGCAACAUCCAUACUCUUUCAAAUAUUGUUCGAAUAUCGCUUUAUAGAGCGUUUGCCAAGGGUUUCAUUCUUACCGCUACAAAGCGAGUACUUCUUUAAUAAGAGGAGUAAAUUAAAAAAAAUUCUUUCUGUAGACGCAGAUAAUCUGUAUUUAACGCGCAUUGUGCCGCGUCGAAACCUACAUGAAUUGUGUCCUCCUGAAGAUUUGCCAGCUUUAUGGUAUUUUGUCACACAAAACUGCAUAAGUCGCCGUAAUCGCAUUAUACCAAAUUUAGAGAAAUGGAUACCUGGUUGUGGUGCACGACUUGUAGUAAACAAUGGCAAGUCUGAACAGCCACCACAGGUUUAUACCGAUGAGCAAUUAAGUAAACUACCGAAAUUCUCUUCGCCUUGUAAAGUUCUAAGCACUGCAGACGCUUUGCCACCUAUUAACAUAUAUACAGAAUUUGGCGACUUAAAUCCCAAUCAAAUGGUGGCACUUUUUCGAAAAUUUCGCACUUGGCCUGAGUAUAAAGACAGCUCAUUUUUGGCUUCACUUGAAAACACUAUGUUACGAGCAGUACCAAAUUCAGACGACAUUAAUGAAAGUUUAGUAGAGGAAGAGGACAUAACUGCGGAAACUUCGAGUGAAAUUCAAGAAGAACUAAAUACCAAAAAAAAGCCAAAAACUAAACGCACCAAGAAAGGGAAACCUUCCACAUAA